CAUCAUUGAUGUCAGUGGGAAGAAACGUGCCCCAUCAUUGGUGUCAGUGGGAAGAAUCGUGCCCCAUCAUUGGUGUCAGUGGGAGGAAUAGUGCCCCAUCAUUAGUGUCAGUGGGGGGAGGAAUAGUGCCCCAUUGUUGGUGUCAGUGGGGGGAGGAAUAGUGCCCCAUCGUUGGUGUCAGUUGGGGGGUGGAAUAGUGCCCCAUCGUUGGUGUCAGUGGGGGGGGGAGGAAAUAGUGCCCCAUCGUUGGUGUCAGUGGGGGAGGAAUAGUGCCCCAU